AUGGCGUGUACCGCAGCGAUGCUGCUCGGGGCCUACUACUACACGUGGUAUGGCUUCGGCGAACAAUGGCAGGUCUUCCCUCGACCCUUCGAGCCUGUCCUAGGGGAGUACAAGAGCUUCGACGCGAGCGUCAUGAAGCUGCACCACCAGUGGGCUAGAGCAGCAUGCAUCGAUUUCUUCGCAGUCUCCUGGGGAGGGGAUGGGACGCGGGCGCCAAACAAGCAGGGGAGUGUGGAUGGGCAAUGUAAGCUAGUGGACAGCGAGGGCAAGCACAGCAGGCCGCGCUGCACGAGGGAGGGGAAGGAGGUGGAGCCAGCGAGGGGGAAGCAGUACGUGGUGGAAGGAUGGAAGGAGCCGUUGCAGUGGUGGAGUCCUUCGGGGGAGGUGGACCAACUGAUACAGAGGCACCUGGAGGUAGAGGACGGGGUACCGAUGGCGCUCAUGUACGAGGUGAGGGACGUGCUGGGGGUGGGGGAGGGAGGAGGAUCUGUGGACCUGAUGCGGGGGGACAACCCCCGCAUCCUCGAGCACCACCUGCUGUACGCGGCCGAGCACUACUUCCUUCAUCCCAACUACAUGAGGGUCGACGGAUGCCCCGUCCUCUUCCUCUACACCCUCCGAGACUUUCAGAACUUCGUGGAGCCGCUGAACAAUGCCAUCAAGAAAGUGCAGGAGAGGAUAGGACGGCCGCUCUUCAUCAUCGGGGACAUCCUGUGGUGGAACCCUUCUCCUUCGGAGUUCCCCUGGGACCUUUACAAGGCGAUCAACUUGUCCUCAGUCACCGGGUACAACCUCUACGAUGCUGGUCAGCCCGAUAAGAUGGACGCAGCCUUCUCCUGGCAAUCCGCGUACCUGCACGCCAAGUUCGGGGAGGCAGCGAGGAGGGCGGGGAUGGGAGUCGUUCCUUACGUCUCCCCGGGGUACGACGACAGGAAGAUGCGAGGAGGAGGAAGGGCAGCGAUCGAGCGCGCGGAGGGGGCGCAGUACCUCAAGGCAUGGAAGGAGUUGAGGAGGGUGAUAAAGUGCCAAGGGGGGGGGAGAGGAGAGGAAGGGGGGGAGAGGAAGGGAGGGAGGCUGCCGAUGGCGCUGGUGAACUCGUUCAACGAGUGGCACGAGGGAACGCAGAUCGAGCCGAGCAGGGAAUUUGGGGAGAGCUACCUCAAGUGGACGAGGAGCUUCAAGAAUCUUGUCGCCGGGGAGGAGGAGAGGGGGAGCGGGAGCGGGAACUCAAGUCUCCUGCCGGACUGGGGGGUGUCGUGCGAUGCAGCGGCAGCUUCAGAGGUUUCGUCCGCAGACGGCAGACGGGAG